AUGCAUCUCACGGUGGCCGCGCUCUUCCCUCUGCUCUCGGCCGCGGUGCCUGGCGAGGAAUACAUUCUGUCUCCCGCAUCCCGCAUCAUUGAGCCCGUGUCUAUUUGGCAGACUUCUGGGAAGGUGACUGGUGCGGUACCAGGCCAAUCUUACCGUGCGGCUGAUGUAUACUCACUGAGCGGCCCCAAUGCCUCCAUCACGCUCGACUUUGGGCGCGAGACGGCCGGGAUCCCUCAUUUGCAUUUCCGGCGCUCAGCAUGCAAGGGUGAUGUUUGCCAGACGUACGGUCUACCGUCGUUAGAAUGCAAUUCAUCUUGCCAAGGCCUCGGUGUCUCAUACAGUGAGUCUGCUGCCUUCAUUGGCCCGGAGUCGGACUGGUCGACCUAUUUUACUGUCCCGGACGGCGCCGUGUACAUCCCUAUGCGGCCCGGGAAUUUCUCAAUGCCCCGCAAAUGGGGACGCGGAGGAUUCCGCUACCUGGCCUUUUCGCUCGGCCCAAAAGCAGAUGGUUCGACAAGCGUGGAAUUCCAAUUCCAACACGUCUACUUCACGCCGCAGCCAAACAUCAAGGACGACAGCAAACUCGGCGAAUACACUGGCUAUUUCUGGAGCGAUGAUGUUCUGCUCAACCGUAUCUGGCAUGCCGGUGUAUAUACACUACAGCUGUGUCAGAUUCGCGCUGACUCGUUGGUUAAUCACAAUUACACCGUCACUGGUGGUGGAUGGGCGGAAGAUGCGGUGGUGCGGGGAGUCGACCCGAAGGAUGUGGUUAUGGGAGAGGGAGCCAAGAGGGACAGAAAUCCGUGGCCAGCUGACAUGAGUGUGUCAUUGAGAAGCGCUUUGGUGUCGCAGAACUAUGACAAUCUCCGGGCUUUGAAGAAUCUCCUGAUCGCGGUCAUGGUUCUGCAGGACCCCGUAUCCGGAUACUUUCCCUACGCCGGUUCUCCAUUUGGGGACUUCUUUGCCGAGUACGGUGAUCUUGCCGGAUUCGAGGCCUGGAGCUCCGACACGUACAACCUAUGGACGAUCAUCAACUUCAUCGACUACGUCCUCAUCACCGACGACUUCCCUUUCGCCCACCAACGCUGGGCCCAGGUCGUCCGCGCUCUCGAAGCCACCUACCAAUACAUCGACCCGGCGACCGGCCUCUUCAACGGCACCAAGCCCUCGGACUGGGGCCGCGACGGCGUUGGCGGCACCAACGCCGCCCUCAACGCCCUGUACCACCACGCCCUCACGCGCGCCGCCCACUUCUCCACCCUCCUGUCGAACUCCACCAACACCACCGCUGCCCCACGCCGCUGGCUCGCCACCGCCGCCCGCGUCAAAGCCGCCUUCAACACCCACCUCUGGGACGCCGCCGCCUCCCUCUACCGCGACAACACGACCACCACCAGCCUGCACCCGCAAGACGGCAACGCCUUCGCCAUCCUCUUCGACCUAGUCGACCCCGACCCCGACGCCACUGCCAUACCCACCACCAACGACACGAACAACAACAACAACCCCACCAUCCCCGCCAUCGCCGCCGCCCUCUCCUCCCGCCUAACCCCUUACGGCGCCCCCGCCCCCGAACUCCCCGGCGCCGUCUCGCCCUUCGUCUCCUCGCACGAGCUGCUCGCGCAAUUCAAAGCCGCCGCCGAGCAACCGCGAGGCGGAGGCGCCGGCGGGGCAGGCCCGGCGAUGCGGCUGCUGCGCACGCAGUGGGGCUACAUGCUGCGCGCCUUCAGCAACGCGACGCUCGUCGAAGGGUAUAGCAGUGUGGACGGCAGCCUCGCGUACGGGUUUUACGGCGACGCGCCGCGGUUCAUCAGCCAUGCGCAUACGUUUGCGACGGGGCCGGUUUAUGCGCUUAUGGCGGAGGUGGUGGGCGUGAGGGCGGUGAGGGGGGUGGAUGUCGAGGGGGAAGAGGAGGGCGAGUGGGUGGUUUGGCCGAAGGUGGUGGGGAGUGGGGUUGGUGAGGUCAAGGGCGGGUUUAGGACUGUGAGGGGGUGGUGGGGGGUUGAGUGGUGGGUUGUGGAGGAGGGGGCGGAGGAGGGGGCGGAGGCGGAGCAGGGUGGCGUGGUGUGGGAGGCGAGGAUCGAGACGCCGGAGGGGUUGGUGGGGACGGUUUAUGUGCCGUUGUUUGGGGGAGAUGCGCGAGAUGAAAAGGUGUUUUUGGAUGGGGUGGAGGUGGGGGACGGGGAAGUGAUGGGUGCAUUCGUGAGGAUUGGUAAUGUCACUGGCGGAUGCCAUCAGCUUCGCGUUGAGUCUUAA